AUCGACAUUUGGCAACGAUUUUUACAUUUUGCCGCGCAUCGUGCAAUAACCUCAGGCAAUAACAGUUCAAUUCUGCAUUUUAUAAACAAUUAAACACUCAUAUAAUUUACCUGUUAUCAUUUGGCAUAAUUUAAUCGAGGAGAUAAAUCCAAAGAAGGAUAAAUCGAAUCAAUAUUAGGAAAUGGUUUUGAACUCACAAGUUCUGUUUUUGUAAUAAACAUUUACAGGCCUCCUUUCCUUAUUUGAUUUAUAAUAAAACCUUAAAUAUGAGUCUAUUAGAUUUAUGUAAACAAUAUUUUAACACCACUAAUUUAUAUGAAAUUUUACAAAUCGAUGAAAAAGCUUCAGAAAAAGAAGUGAAAAAGGCUUACCACAGACUAUCUCUGAAAGUUCACCCGGACAGGGUUAAAGAAGAUGACAAAUUAGAAGCUACUGAAAAGUUUAAAGUCCUUGGUGGUGUUCAUGCGAUUUUGAGUGAUAAAGAGAAAAGGGAGUUAUAUGAUACAACAAAGAGUGUGGAUGAUGGAGAGUACAAUAUUAUUAAAGACAGAGAUUGGACAGUGUACUGGCGAUUGCUGUUUAAAAAAAUUACAGAAGAAGAUAUUAAAGCAUAUGAAAAAGAGUAUAUAGGAUCUGAAGAAGAAAAGAAGGAUCUAAAAAAUGCAUAUCUGGCGGGUAAAGGUGACAUGGAUUAUAUUGUAGACCAAGUCCAAUUUGCGAGAUCAGAACAUGAAGAUAGAUUAAAAGCAAUAUUAACUGAAAUGAUAGACGAAGGAGAAAUCCCAGCUUAUAAAAUAUUUACUCAUGAACCAGCUAAAAAACGUCAACGUCGUCAUGCCAAGGAAAAUCGAGAAGCAAAGGAAGCAGAAGAGUUCAAAAAAGAAUUAGGUUUAGGUUCAGGUGAAAAUAGUUUAGAAUUAAUGAUAAAACAGAAACAAGAAUCAAGAGCAAGUCAAAUGAAUUCAUUUCUUGAUAAUUUGGCUACAAAAUAUGGUGAAGGCAAACCAAAAGGUAGGAAACGUAAAGCUAAAGAAACCAAGGAAACCACCACAGAAACCACCACCAAGAAACGAAAAUGAAGCUGCUCUUUUUAUUUUUAUUUUUUUACUUGUUAUCCUUGUGAAAUAUAAUAUGUUGUUUAUAUUUCACAUGUCUGUUUAAGACAUCACUUUCUAUUACUCUCAAUAAAAUAAUUAUUUAUGUGAAAAAA